AUGUCUGGCAUCGUGGUGGCCCGCCGCGCUCUGGCCGCAGCCCUGCUGCUGCGCACUGGCGCGGCCAUCAAGGUCGUGGAUGACCCGGAGGGACGCCGCGACCAGGGGCGACCGCAGACUACUGCUGCGCCGACGGGGGCUCCGACGCCGGCGCCGACGCCCGAGCCGACGCCCGAGCCGACAUACGUCAAAGAUCUUCCAGGAGUUCCCUGCCAGUGUAACAACCCGUCCUGCUGGGCCAGGUACGACCUCAACGGCGACGACUGCAUCACCCAGGACGAAUGCGACCUGCAGGUGCCUCUUUUGGGGAACUGCUCCUCUACUACCUCGUCGCCCGCAACUUACGGGCCGCCAGUGUGGGAUCAAGAUGGGGACGGCUGCAUCAACUUUACCGAGUGGGAUAUCAUCUACACCACUUCGAACGGGGCUUGCUGCCCGGUGGAACCCCCCUCGUAUUGCGAUGAGUGCCCGGAAGGGUAUACAAUCGCAGUGAAUCCGUGCGAAUGCGUGCCGUGCGUGGGUGGCGAGGUGCGCAGGCGCCGCUCUCUCGAGUGCACCCCCUGCCCGUCUCCCUUCAUCGACAAGGGCGACUUCGACGACUGCAAGGACCCCGUCACACCUUACCCCGACAACGCCCCGAACAACUCGUUGAACAUCACCGUGGCUGUCCCGUAUCAGACGUGCACAGAGUUCUCUAUUGGCGACACCAUAACCAUCUCUGGAACAGAAGGGGGUGACCCGAAUCUUCCUAUCUCGCAUACGACACUGGUCAUGGGGGUCGAUAAAAUUACGGGGGGAUACGAGCUUGAACUAGCUGACCCGCUUCCAGGAAACUUUGCGUAUGACGCGACAGUUCGGCAGACGUGCUCUUCCACUGAUGGGUCUCAGGUGAGCGCCAGCUUUUCUCCCUCUUCCGAUGGCUGCUGCUGCGCAUGUGGUUCUAACCCGGAGGACUGUUGCGAGACAACUGAGGUGUGCACUGUGUACCCCAACGGCACUGGUGUGUGCUCCAAUGCUGGCCCGUACCCCGAGUUCUCGACUCCAGCCCCGACAGUCGGGGCCAAGGGUGACCCGCAUCUGGUCAACCUGCAGGGAGAACACUUUGACAUCAACCACGACGGCAAGUUCACACUGCUUCGCUUUCCCCAGGCUAUGGAGAAGCCAGCCGAGUUCACUUUCGUGGCGAACAUUCAGCCGGACGCCGGGAAGCCGUGCACCACGUACAUCACGGAGGCGGAGGUCUCGGGCGCCUGGCUCGGCAGCAAGAUCCUGCAGGUCCGCAGCUACCGCAAGGCCCACUCGAACGAGACCGCCGACGCAUUCCUGGGUGCCCGGCUCAUCGUGGACGACGACGAGCCCGACCCCCCUUGGCAGACCAUCGAGGAGUUCGACACGACGAAUCUGGAGCUGUCCGAGUUUGGAGUCGUCCAGUCGUUCCUGGAGAAGGCGACGUGGUUCCCCAAGAAGCGCUCCAAGGUGGGGCCGACCGCGGCGGGAAUGUUCACCCUCUCCCUGAAGAACAUGCACAGCGGGACUGCCGCCAAGAUCACUAUCCGCCAGGACCUGCCCGAGCAGGAACACCUGAACGUGGCGGUGCGGCAGCUGUCCCAGCUUGGCCGCGUGGACGUUGGCGGCCUCCUCGGCUUCGACGCGCACCCGGAGAGCCUCGAGCGCCCGAGCGCCGCGUGCGUCCACCACAGGGCCACGGCGCGCUACCGCAUCGAGAGCCAGGACGACGCGGAGCACGGCUACUACUUCCGUCCGACGUGGAAGGACCGCUGGGACAAGGUCCGCGGCAAGGACGGCCCGAGGGAUAAUGAGGCGUCCGCCAGCCUCAUUGGGGCCAGGCUCGGCGGCGGGAUGUGCAAGUGCUCGAGCGACGACAGCAACGGCGGCAGCAUCGACGGCGUGCUCGUCGAGGAUGCGAGCUUCGUGUUCGCCGAGGCGUCCUGGGAGUAG